AUGUGGUGCUUUUUAGUAAUUUUAUUAUUAUUUAAUAAUUAUGUAAUAUUUGCUCAAUCUAUACCUUUAUUAUUACUUGUGUCUUUCGAUGGUUUUCGUCAUGAUUAUCCUAAAAUUCAUGGACCUUUAAAAAAUUUUCAAAGAUUAGAACAACGUGGUGUUCAUGCUCAAAAAAUGAUAUCAACAUUUGCAACAGCAACAUUUCCUAAUCAUUACACUUUAAUAACUGGUCUCUAUGAAGAAGUUCAUGGUAUAAUUUCAAAUAAUAUGUAUGAUCCAAAAACAAAUCUUACAUUUGAACAAUCCGAUAAUAUGACAAAUAAUGAAUGGUGGCCAUAUCCAACUAUAUGGUCUAUCAAUGAACAACGAAAAGGAGGUCGAUCAGGUGUUGUUGGUUGGCCACAAGAUUCAAUACAUAUUUCAAAGUAUCAACCAUUCAAACGAUCACGUUCAUUUCGUGAUAUCAUUGAUCAAAUGCUUCUUUGGUUUAAUGAUCCUAUUGAACCAAUUAAUUUCGGUGCUAUGUAUUUCUAUGAACCUGAUCGAACAGGUCAUCAAACUGGACCCUAUUCAAAAAAUAUGACAACAAUGGUUCGUGAAUGUGAUGAACUUCUAGGCUAUUUAUUAGAUAAAAUUGAUACAAAUGAAAAAUUACGUAAAAAUCUUCAUUUAAUUGUAACAUCUGAUCAUGGUAUGGAACAAAUAAAUGGUACAAAUAAUCCAAUAUAUCUUGAAGAUUAUGUUGAUCAUACAAAAAUAAGAUCAUUUGGUGUACCACCUGUUACGAAUAUAUUUGUUCAAUCAUCAAAUGAUAUUAAUAUUGUUCUUAAAAACUUAUCAAGAAUUCCACAUUCUCAGAGUUACAAGAGACAAGAUAUACCUGAUCGUUAUCAUUAUAAAAAUCAUGAACGUAUUGGUGAUAUCGUAGUUAUUUGUGAACCAGGUUAUGAAAUUAAUCAUCAUCCAUCUCGUGGUGGAAAAAAAUAUAAUUCAAGUCUUAUACAUGGUAAUCAUGGUUAUGAUAAUCAAGUUGAUUCAAUGAAGACAAUAUUUUAUGCAAGUGGACCACAAUUUAAACAAAAUUUUACAUUAGAUAAUUCAUCUUCAUUAUAUAAUAUUGAUUUAUUUGGUUUAAUGUGUAUUAUACUAAAUAUUGAAAAAUGUCCAUCAUCGAAUGGAUCAUUGGAAAAUAUUCAACCAUUUUUAAUUAAUCCAACGAAAACUUUCCAUAUGAUUAAUAACUUACAAGAUAAAAUCAUUUAUGCGAUUGCAUUAUUUGGUAUUAUUUCGGUUGUACUAUUGGCUAUUACAUGGACAAUAAUAGCAUUUCGUAGUAUAUUCGUUGUGAAACAACAAACAAGCUCUGAUUUAAGUGAUCAUUUAACCCGUGGUGAAUAUCAAGUUAACAAUCCAGGAAUCUCCAAAACGAAUGAUGAACAAGUUUAA